GUUUCGCCUAUAAUUGUUCGGUUAUGGCAAUACCUUUUCCUGUAGGACAAUCAUUUGUGACAGGUGCAACUAGAGUCGACGCAAUGCAUAGUGAGAUUUUGGGGAACUUGUGGUAGUUGUGAAAACCAAUGGCCACUCUUGUCGCGUGAAGAAAGGCGGGUUUUAGGGCAGACCUCGGCCCAAUGGAGGCUUGUGGUAGGAGGGCGGCACGUGAGGUGGGCGUGUCCGGAGAAGGCGAUCUUCGCGGCACAUUGAAUCCAACUCGAGGAGUAAUGGCACGAGCCAGUGCUUUACUAUAUUGACAAGCGUUACGCCGCGCGCUCCGGAGACUCCCGGGCAGGCAGCUCAUCCAGUCUUGUGUUUUUAAUCGCAGCAGCACAACGCCACAAGCUCCUGGCGAGGCGUGGAGGAGACUUGGACUACUUGCAAAAAUCACCAGUUAACCCAAAAAAGUCCUCAACUGACUCACUGACAAGCGUUCCAUAUUUUUUUCUUUUUCUUCCUCCAACGGCGCUAGGGGGGUUCGACACCGGACAUGUGAAUUAAAAGGAGUAACUGUCCAUCGCAAACAAUGAAGCAAACAGUUCCCUCGUGUUGCUUGGUCGUUCUCCUGACUUCUCUGCUGUUCCAGGCGACUUCUUCACAAUCAGGUAAUGUGGUGCAUCUUUGUACAUCCUUUUGUUCCUCCCCUUGGGUGCUGCUCCCUGAGAGACGGGCGCAGAUGUGAUGAGUAACAUGAUUUUUUUCUAUUCUGUCUUGCUCUGGAUGGGUAUGCAGGCACAGCGGGGCAAAGUCACUGUAGCAUCUAGGCUCUCAUCAUCAUAUGCACACACCAGAGUGAAACCUGGAGAGGCGUACAGUACCCAUAUGCAGAAGCUCUCUCCCAGCUUAGCGUAAUAAGGCCUAUACAGAAGGCUAGAGAUCCAUGUAUUUUAUUAUAGAGUGCGUAAGUAUUUGAUUUGGAAUCAAAUGACACAUUAUGCAUGGGAAAAAAAGUCAGGUUAAAAUAAAGAGUGUAGAGACACUUUUGCACAUUGGGCACACGCACAAACAUGGCACACAUGAACCUCACACACACACACACACACACACACACACACACACACACACACACACACACACACACACACACACACACACACAAUCACACACACACACACACACACACACACACACACACACACAAACACACACAAAACACACAAUCAAGUUCCUAGAAAGAUAGAGUAUCUGCAAACACACCUGUGGGCAAAUAUGGUUGUGCAAACAAACACCAGGCAAACACCCAUGCACACAAUCACCCCCUAACAGCUACCAGUAUGAUACACACUGCAGGACACAUACCGCAUUUACUAAAAAGACCCCAUUGAGUCAGCAGAUAAAUGGUGAGGUGUGAGUAUGCUUGUGUGAGCGCAUCAUGCAUAUGUUUGCAUUGCCUCUUGACAGCUGUCAACUGAGGUUAAUCGUUACAAAUGCAGUUGACAGAGAACAUUCAUAUCGAUAGGAAAUUUAAGCUGUGAUGACACCCAAAGCGCACCCAUGAGUUCCCUACUAGUUUGCCUUUGAGUUUGUUUUGUGUUCUUCCGUGUUGCAGUAUUAUCUCAAACUUAAUGACCCGAAGAGAAACUCUGGGAACGCAGUGUUCAGUGACAAUGUAGGGAGCUCUGACUAACCCGCUCAGCAAUGGGAUCCACUCGGGAGGGUUAGCGUGGCAUCGUGUGUGCACUCAACGAGUGCAGGGACACAGAUAUUUCCCAGACUUGUUGAGGGACUGCUGAUGCAAACACCUCGCCAUCUGCUAGAAGCAACCCUGCAGGCAGUGUGUGCCGGCACAGAGAACAAGCUGAGCACGCUGUCAGACCUGGAGCAGCAGUACCGCACCCUGAGGAAGUACUACGAGAACUGUGAAGUGGUGAUGGGCAACCUGGAGAUCACCAGCAUCGACCGGAGCAGGGACCUCACCUUCCUGAGAUCCAUCCGGGAGGUGACUGGUUACGUGCUCGUGGCCCUCAACCAGUUUGACUACCUGCCCCUGGAGAACCUCCGGAUCAUUCGGGGAACCAAACUGUACGAGGACCGCUACUCGCUCGCCGUCUUCCUCAACUACCGACGAGACGGAAACUUUGGUCUCAGACAACUGGGGCUGAGGAACCUUACAGAAAUCCUUGGCGGAGGUGUGUAUGUGGACAAGAACAAGUUCCUGUGCCAUGCCGAUACGAUCCACUGGCAAGACAUAGUGAAGAACCCCAGAAACAACCCUGUGGUAGUCCCCAGCAAUAGCAGUGUGACAUGUCAGAAGUGCCACCGCUCCUGUAAUGGCCGCUGCUGGGGACCUAAGGAGGACCAGUGUCAGAGCUUAACAAAGACAGUGUGUGCUGAGCAGUGUGACGGACGUUGUUUCGGCCCCUAUGUGAGUGAUUGCUGCCAUCGCGAAUGUGCAGGUGGUUGCUUUGGGCCAAAGGACACAGACUGUUUUGCAUGCACCAACUUCAACGACAGCGGGGCGUGUGUGACCCAGUGCCCCCAGCCCUUCCUCUACAACCCCAUCACCUUCCAGCUGGAGCACAACCCUGGGGCCAAGUACACGUACGGGGCCUUCUGUGUAAAGAAGUGUCCCCACAACUUUGUUGUGGACCAGAGCUCCUGUGUGCGAGCAUGCCCUAGUAACAAGAUGGAAGUGGAGCAGAACCGCAUCAAGAUGUGCAUUCCCUGCACUGACAUCUGCCCCAAAGCCUGUGAUGGCAUAGGAACAGCGAGCUUGCAGACAGCCCAGACAGUGGACUCCAGCAACAUUGAUAAAUUUGUCAACUGCACCAAAAUCAAUGGCAACCUGGUCUUCCUCAUCACUGGAAUCAAAGGAGACGUCUACCACAAAAUCGAAGCCUUGGACCCGGAGAAGCUCAACGUGUUCCGCACCGUGCGAGAGAUCACAGGGUUUCUGAACAUCCAGUCUUGGCCUGACAACAUGACAGACUUAAGUGUCUUCUCCAACCUUGUGACCAUCGGUGGGCGAGCUCUUUAUAGUGGCAUCUCCCUCCUGGUGUUGAAGCAACAGGGCAUCUCGUCCCUGCAGCUCCAGUCCCUGGACGAGAUCAGCGCCGGGAACGUCCACAUCGCCGAGAACAGCCGGCUCUGCUACUACGACACCGUCAACUGGACCAGCCUGUUCCGCGCCCCCAACCAGAAGUUCCUCAUCCGCAACAACCGCAGCCCGCACGAGUGCACUAAGCAUCGCAUGGUGUGCGACCCCCUGUGCUCGGACGCUGGUUGCUGGGGUUCCGGACCGGACCAGUGCCUGACCUGCAGGUUCUUCAGCCGGGGACGGACCUGUGUGGAGACAUGCAACCUGUAUGAAGGGGAUAUGAGAGAGUAUGCCAAUGCCUCUGUGUGUGUGGAGUGUGACGGCCAGUGUGAGCAGGCAGACGAUGACUCUUUGACCUGUCAUGGCCCGGGUGCGGACCACUGUGUGAGAUGCCUCCACUUCAAGGACGGCCCCAACUGUGUGGAGAAGUGUCCUGACGGCCUGCAGGGUACCAACAGUUUCAUCUUCAAGUACGCAGAGGCCAACAACGAGUGUCACCCCUGCAACGCCAACUGCACCCAGGGGUGCAUUGGUCCAAGGUUGCAAGAUUGCAUUGGCUGGAUGGACAGGACACCGCUGAUCGCAGCCGGGGUGAUCGGGGGGCUGUUCGUGGUGGUCAUCGUGGGGCUGACCGUGGCCGUGUCCGUGCGUCGGAAGAGCAUCAAGAAGAAACGGGCGCUCCGUCGCUUCCUGGAAACCGAACUGGUGGAGCCGUUGACGCCCAGCGGGACCGCACCCAACCAGGCUCAGCUGCGCAUCCUCAAAGAGACGGAGCUGAAGCGAGUCAAGAUCCUGGGCUCCGGCGCGUUCGGCACCGUUUACAAGGGCAUUUGGGUCCCAGAAGGCGAGACGGUGAAGAUUCCCGUUGCAAUAAAGAUUCUGAGUGAGGCAACAGGACCCAAGGCCAACGUUGAGUUCAUGGAUGAGGCCCUGAUCAUGGCCAGCAUGGAGCAUCCCCACCUGGUGCGUCUGCUGGGGGUGUGUCUGAGCCCCACCAUCCAGCUGGUCACCCAGCUCAUGCCCCAUGGCUGCCUGCUCGACUACGUCCACGAGCACCAGGACAACAUCGGCUCCCAGCUGCUGCUCAACUGGUGUGUCCAGAUCGCCAAGGGGAUGAUGUACCUGGAGGAGCGCAGACUGGUGCACCGGGACCUGGCAGCGCGGAACGUCCUUGUGAAAUCCCCCAACCACAUCAAAAUCACCGACUUCGGCCUGGCACGUCUGCUGGACGUCAACGAGAAGGAGUACAACGCAGAUGGAGGCAAGAUGCCCAUCAAAUGGAUGGCCCUGGAGUGUAUUCACUACAGGAAAUUCACACACCAGAGCGACGUGUGGAGCUACGGGGUGACCAUCUGGGAGCUCAUGACCUUCGGGGGUAAGCCGUACGACGGGGUCUCCACCCGGGACAUCCCAGAUCUGCUGGAGAAGGGAGAACGGCUGCCUCAGCCGCCCAUCUGCACCAUCGAUGUCUACAUGGUCAUGGUCAAAUGCUGGAUGAUCGAUGCAGACAGUCGGCCUAAGUUUAAAGAGCUUGCAGCGGAGUUCUGUCGAAUGGCACGCGACCCACAGAGAUACUUGGUCAUUCAAGGCGACGACCGCAUGAAGCUGCCAAGCCCAAAUGACAGCAAGUUCUUCCAGAGCCUCCUGGAAGAGGACGAACUUGAGGACCUUAUGGAUGCCGAGGAGUACCUGGUGCCCCACAACUUCAACGUGUCCUCGUUGGCCUACGCGCCCCGUACACGCAUGGACUCCAACAGGAACCAGUUCAGCUACCAGGACGCCAGCUUUAGCAUGGAAGAGAUGCUGGCCACCUUGCCCAGGGUGGUGUCAGUAUCUGCUGUGUCGGGUGGCUGCCUGACAGCCCUGGACCCAUCAGCCCCAUCUCAAGGGACGCAGGGUGGUGGUGGUGGUGGUGGUGGUGGUGGUGUUGGUGGUGGUGGAGGGGGUGCUGGUAGCAGUGGAGCCCAGGAGGACCUGCGAUGUAAUGGCACCCUGAGGAAACAGCCAUCUCCGAGGCUUAGCACCAACGUGGCUGGGACAACCCUGGCUCCCGGACAAGGGGGAGGAGAGGAUAGCAUCGGCCAGCGCUACAGUGCAGAUCCGACCGGCAUUUUGGGGGGUCGUGCGGCAAAAAUAAACCAGGAUGGCACCAUGACUAUCAGGAAGGACAAACUUAACUCAUCAGACUAUCUCAACCCCAUAGAAGAGAACCCCUUCGUCGCUCGUCGCCGCAACGGGGAGGCCCACUCGGUCGGAGCGGGUUACCACACCGUCCAUAUGGCCGGGGCUGCAGCCGCCGCCGCCGCUGCACCACCCAAAAGCCAGGCCGCCAUGGUGGAUGACGAAUACGUCAACGAACCACUGUACCUCAACACCUUCCACAAACCAGGGGAGAAGAACGGCCCCGCCGGGGUGCUCUCCAUCUCCGCCCAAGGCCCCUUGACUGCCGCUGCGUCCUCCUCCCUUCAGAUGGUCCUCCCGUCCACGUCGGGACACGCGCUUUCCCCCGCCGAGUAUGUGGUGGCCCCCCCCGGACACCCUGCCCAUAUGGCGUACCCCUCGCACACUCUGCAUCCCGGGCACUCUGGACACGCCCUGCACUCGGGCAUUACCGGCGGGACCAUCGCGGUGGACAAGAAGGGCAAGAAAGCCACGUUUGACAAUCCUGAAUACUGGCAGCACAGCCUACCCCAGAAGGCCUCCAUGCACAAUCCGGAAUACCUGCAAGACUGCAGCACGCGCUUCUUCUACCGGCAAAACGGACGCAUUCGGCCUGCCGUUGCUGAAAACCAGGAGUACCUGUCAGAGUUUGCCCUUAAACCGGGAAACGUGCUGCCACCCCCUCCAUACAGACAGAGGAACACUGUGGUUUAAGCCAGUGUGUACAAAGUGACAAAGAGGAUAAGGGGUGGAAUGAACUCUGUAAAGUUCCCAUGGUCCAAUGCGGUGAUGAUCACUUGGUUUCCCAGUAUAAGCAAGCAGACCUUCUUGGCCACCGUGUUACUACGUUCAGCCAUUCCAGUUCCAGAGACACCUCUCUCACUAUUUUCAUCACUUUCUCCCCUUUUGCUCUCCUGCCUCCUCUGAACUGGAUCAAAAACUAUAGCCAUUGGAAGCCUAUUUUAUUGUAAGUGAGAUCAUGUCAGUCAGAUAUAUCUUCUGCAAAGGCGGUUGGUAUCUCGGGGCUUGUCCUUUUCUGGGAGAAAGCAUGAAUAAAGGCACCAUCUUCACCAGCGAUUCGCAAUGCACAGCACAAUGGCCAGGCGUGUGGAUAAAAAAAGACAAAGACGAACACAAACUGAGCAGGCGUAGGGCUGGGGCAUCUGUCAGUGUCACAUGGCAGGGUGGGUUAUCAGUUCUGGAAACCGCAUUGCUUCAGACACUUUUCCUUCACAGUUUCCUUCACAAUCUGUCAGGUUUAGCUGUUGAGCCACAUAAACAGUCCAUUACUGGUUGGUGGUCCAUUUUUUCUGACGGGGGGCAAUCAGCACACAAAGCUGUUGUUGUUUACAGCUCAUCAAACACAUAGCUUGACACGUGCACGGUGAGCUGCGUCGUGACUUUGUGCCAAAUGGCCGCCCAGCUGCGUUAUCAUUUUACGGGCCUGCGUCCUGCCCCACAUGCGUCUGUGAUGUUUACAUGCUCCAGGCCUCUCGCUGCACCGGCAGUGAGAAUUCAUGCAUUCAUCACACACACCUCAUUUAAUUUUUUUACUUGGUCGGCCCCCCCAGAGUAAACCAAUUUCCGCGUGUGCCACCUUGAAUCACAAUUAUAAAAUCACCACCACACUAAUUCAAUAUAGAUAGAUUUAAACGUACACACACACCCUCACUAGCGCACACAUAGAUAAACCCCCACCCGCCGUUGAAUUAGGCAGGGGGGAGAAAGGGGCUGUUGGCUAACCUUGUGCUGAGAAGCAGCCUUGAUAACGGCCACGCAGUCAGGCAGCACAGAAGAGGGGCCCAGACAAUGUCAGCUGGAAAGUAAAUGUCACAGCGGUUUUAUGAAGCGCUAUGAUACCCCCCCCCCCCCCCCACACACUACCUGGUGAAAUGCAUCACACAGAUUAUUGGUUUGGCUACUGUGGGAUUUCAUAAGGUUGGUCACCCAGAAGAGGACACUGCAUCCAAGCCCACACACACAAACCCCUGUGUUAUCCCUCCCACACACCGAUAUUGCCCAUGUUUGUGGAGCAGGGAAAGCAAAUGGCUAGUUCGACGUCACCCUAGGAAAAUCCAUAAUACAAUUGCUUUUUAUGUCAACAAGUGUUGAUAAAUUGAUGAAGCAAAUGGAAAUGGAAACUUUCUGAAUGUCACUUAUCAGGGAGGGUAAUUGAGGGCUGGUAUGCCGUGGGUAAUGAGAGAACUGUUUGCAGGGGGUUCGAUGCAACACUGGCCGAAGAUGCACAGCGGAUUACGGAGAUCAGAGAAAUUGGUGGCUCAGAACCAAAUCAUGUGAUGCGACAACGAUCGUCAAUCCAUGUUUUGGUUUAUUUGGUUUUGUCCAUUGGGGAAAUGUGUUUUCUUGGUAAACUGCUGGACUAUGGUAGAAGCCCUAGAUUGGAUGCUAUGAAAUAUGAGGUAAUCGGACAAAACGAGGCACGCUCAAACAUUGCCUUGCUAAAUGUAAGCCACUUACAAGCCAACACGAACCGUGACAUGCCUUGUGCUACGGUCUCCUUCUUAAUAUUUCUAACAGGAUAUAUUAUAAAACCACAAUGAGAACAUGUCACACACUUGUGAAUGUCUAAUUUAGACAGAUGCACAAUGAACCAAUUUGGCCACUAAUGAAAUGUUUGAAAGUCUUCUCUAAAAGCCUUUUGCCUCCCCUCCACUCAUCUUUCCUUUCCUUACCACUGUUUUCGUUUAUAGAGAACCCACGAUUUGCUGGCUCUAUACCGAAACAAUACUGCCAGAUGUCACAAUGGGUUUUUCUUCACAUCUAGUGCUCUAGCAUCUGACUAAGCUGUUAACUCCUAUCAUAUGGGCCAUUCAGUCAUUUUGUUUCAUCGCACUGCCACCAUCGUUGACGCUUAACAAUGGAGAUUUGUUUUUAGUUUUUUCACAUUCAUUUAUUUGCAGGACAUUAUUCCCUUGCAUUGGACCAGGGAAGCAGCAAUUCCAAGCUCAGCAUUAUACACAUGUAGGAACAGUUGAUGCUUUAUGUUUCAAACAUGGAAUAUAUCUAAGUCCUAUUGCUAUUCUUGAGUGCUGUUGCCGAACUCUGUUCGUCUUCAUUGAAAACACCAGGCUGGGAAAGGUUUGGAUAGGCAGUGCUAAUGAUUUAGUAUCGAGGCCAAACGCAGAUGUUUCCCUUGUGCAGUGUUUAUCUCUCCCUCUCAGGCUUUAUGGGAAAGAAUUACCAGCCAAUUGUGCUCCAGCUGAGGUACUGGGCUAUUUGUGAGUGAUGCUAAAGUGCAAGGGAAUCUUAAAUCUUUUGAGACAAACAAAUGUUUGAUUUAGAAUGCAAUUAUGUAGCAAAAUCAAUCACUACUAGGACGUCAAUUAUAUUGGUGAAGAUCUUGAUAUUUGAGGAAUAUUAGGAAAUUAUUUUGUAACACAAAAAAAGCAUUGUAAAUCUGAAGUUACUGAGGCCCUAGGUCAGUAAGACAUUAGUGCGUAAGCGGAAAACAGACCUUCAAUCAGGGGAUAAUUCACAAAUCUAUUUCUGAGGCCAACACUGUGUACGGUGUUUCUGCCUUUUUUUCUCUCCUGGAAGUUUAUAUGCUUAUUUGCGAUGGCAUGGGCUAUUUUGGCUGUGCUAGAGCUGCAAUCCCCCUUUCACGUAGGGUCUCAUCUAUCGUUGACAAACGAAUCCCUCUUUGCAGUUUUAAAAGUCCACCAUGCAAGGUCCUUUUUUUAUCAGCACGCUACAAGGCAUAACUGUACCAGUAAGCUGGGCGGCCGUGUGCUGAAGUGUGAGGAAAGUGGUGGCAAAUCACAGAGAGACAGGUUCCAUAAUGGAUCUCUAUGGGGGAAAAUGAAGCCAAUCUCAUGGAAGAGGAAAACCACUGGUGCUCUUAAGGCCAGGCAACACCACUAGGGACUUUUUUUUAGACAUUUCAGGAUGCUAAUUUCCUCAAAAAAUAGCACUACUACGGCCUGCUGUUCUGUCACUUGACAUCGUGCCAAGCCCUGAGCCCAGAGCCACAGAAAGACAGGUAAUCGAACACUAUCAUACAGCAUGGUCAUGCCUAUAGUUUGAGCGUUCCAGUGGUGUUACCAUGCCAAUGCAUCAACGUUAGGAGAGCUACCGCUAAUAACAGCAAGGCAGCACUGUACCAGGUGUCAGAGGCCGUGAUUGAUCCCCCCGUUCCUUUCUCCUCAUGUUAUACUCUGGAGGUAAACUGACAAAUGUAUGUAGCAAACACUGUUCUGGAGGCGGAGCAGUAGGACGAUACAAGCAGCUAUACCGGUGUGAACAGGAACAAAGACCAAAAAAGCCAAUCUGGAGGGGAACGCUGACAGUAAUCAAAGGUAAAUGUGAGCCACAAUUUCAUGUAAAUACAUCUCUCUUUUUUUACCUUCAACUGCUGUUUAUUAUACACUUUCCAUGAGAUGCUUUCGGGAAGUUGCUGAGGUACUUUAAGGAGCACAAUAAUUCCUUCUUUGAAAUGAAUUGUCCAUUCAAUAAUUAAUUAGCAUUUAGCAUUGUAAUGAUGGUCAUAUUUAUUUUGUGUGUUUACUUAUGUCUUUGGUGAACUGUAUUUUAAACAGGUGUUAACUUUGAGUAUAUUGAGAGUGAAAGACAUUUUUAUAAACGUUAUGUGCUUUGGGGUUGUAUCAUGGAAAUGGAUUUUUCCUUGGGUCUAACGCUAAAAGUAAGCAAAGUAAUUAUAUUUCUGUUCUGAGGUCAUUCAUUUAUGACAUGUUUUCACAUUAAUCAAUUAUACAGUUGCUUUAUUGCACUGAUACCUACACCGCAUUUAACGUCACUGUUAAAUACAUGUAUUUAAUCUGAACAGUCUUGUACACUGAAUGAACAACUAGGACCAACUGUGGAGUACUUUUUUGGGUAAUCCUAUAAGCACAUGAUUUUUGUGGGUAGGCGAUUCAAUUUUGGUAAGUACGAGUGAGCUGCCACACCGUUGGUGAUGUUGUUGGAUUUGCAUAGAUCACGCAGCAGUCACACAAUGCUGAAACAAUAUUAUUAUAAUUUUUUACUUUAUUUUAUUUUUUACCAAAUGCCACAUUCAUACAUUGAAAUCCCAUUGUGUUUGUUUUUCAUCAAUCUUAAAAAAAAUAGGUAUUUUUAUAGUGAAAGAGGUGGUCAUUUGUAAAUAGAGAAAAUGUGAUUCUUUGCGUUUUUCCCCACUUAUUUUUUAUUCUACUUGCAUAAAAUGAUUCUUUUUAUUGGUUGAAAGUUAUCACCUUUUUCUCCAGUUCCUGGGGAGAUUAUAGGCCUAUAUAUAAAUAUAUAUAUAUAUAUAUCAUGUAAAUGUAAUUUGAAGAGUGAGUUUUCAUUUAAAAAUGCUUGCACAUUUUGUAACCCCUAGCUCUUUCUCACAUGUUGUUCCUCGUGGUUGUGUUUUCAGCCCAACUUGGUGGACUUUGUGUUUGACCAUAUGCUCUUUCGCUCUUAGCGUGAUUUGAAAGUGCUUUAAAUUAAUUUGAGUUCAACCCUUUAUAGAUCAUAGAUUAUUCUUCAGCGCUUUCCUAAGUAUUACACAAUGCUGUGUGCAUUUAUUUUGUACAGAAUACUCCACAGAGUGAUGUGAGAUGCUGUUGCAAUACAAAAUGAAUAUGUUUUGAAGCUCACUCUGUCGUUUCACGCCAUCGGUUCUAAGCUAUGAGUGAUUCAUUUUGGACAUGAAGGUUUUUGGAUCUAUCACCUACAGUGUGUAUCCCAGUUCACAAACAUUAAUUUAGGGCACAAGAUGUAUUCAUACCAGUGGCCAUCAGGAACAAACACCAUCACUGAUGCUAGUACAAUAGCAAACACGGACAAAGCAGUAUUAUUUCACCUACAGAUAAAGAGUUCUCGGGUUCAAAGCCAAAGACUUUGAACUCUUGUUUUGGACGUGUCUCGGACGAAUCAUCUGCUUGCAGAAAGGGAUUUGAUGCACAGUAUGUCGGCCUGAUUACGACUUACAUGUAUAUUGGUUUUGGUAUACAGAUCGGUAACUCUUCUUCAUAUCUUGACAUCGUACUCUCCAACCUUGAGCAAGGAUGUGCCACCGUGUUACUCAUUGGCAGCUUCGUGUGCGUCUCUAGGCUGUACAGAACCCAGCGGGGCAACCGUGACCCCAACCCAUCCCACCCCCCUCUGUUUUAUUACAUGAAUCCGUCAAAACUAUAUUUUUAAUUUAAUAUAAAUAAAGAUCAAUACAAUAUUUAA